ACAGCGACUGGGCAGUGGUCACCAAACUGACCAGUAGAUCAACUGAGAAGGACACUGGUUAGAAGGAUCUCCAUUGGUCAUAUCUGCGAUACAAUCGUCCUCCACCACCAUGAGCCGGGCUGUGAGAGGCUUCGUGGCUUUCCUAGCCUGGACUCUGUUUUCGUUCUACGCUCACUACUUCGCCCGGAAAGCGCUUCGAACCUGGGGGAACAUACCUCAGGAACAACAAGAGACGACCGAGAAGAAGAAAGCUUUGUGGUACGCAGUGGUAAUUUUAAGCCUUUGUCAAAUUGUUGUCGGAGCCUGUGUUCUCCUUCUGCUUCCCAGACUAUGCAGCCGGCGUCUUCUUACCUGGAUGGGGCUGGACGCCAAGGAAAGCAUGAGCGCCGACCCCCACUCGGACACAGGGGUGGAAAAAGUGACCAAUGGUGUAACACAGGGACAAGAGGAACCCUGUGAGAGCUCGAGACUUCCAAACACUGAUUUGUCCCUUGUCACCCUGUCUGUAAGCCACAUGGCGGCCACGAUGUGUACGAACGCUAGCUUGGCGUUUUGUGACGCGUCCAGCGCGUUUACGGUGAAGGCGUUUGAGCCCAUCACUACAGCGGUGCUGUCCAGCAUUUUAAGCGGGAAAAAGUUGGAGACGAAUACGAUAAUAGCAUUGCCCUUAGUUGUCAUAGGGUCUAUCGGGUUUGUGUGGAGACCACAGUACAGGAUGGGAGAAACACUAGGACUCACGCUUGCCUUUUUAUCAAAUAUUUUGUUUGGAUUGCGUAACGUUACACUGAAAAGUAUGGCAAACAAAACACCUUUGGUACAGGUCCAGACUUUAGCGAAAAUGAGCACAUGGGCUGCUUUCCUGCUUCUCUUCAUGGAAAUUUUCCUAGCCGUAGCGGCACCAGACAUGUUUCCUACAUUAUUAGCUGCGGGACUGCUUCAGCCCUGUCUCGUUUCGGCGAUACUUCACGUGACUUACACCGUUAUCUCAACGUGUAUCAUACUCAAAUAUAUAUCAGUCGUCGCACAUUCCAUGGCUAAUCUAAUGAAAAGGAUUUCAUUGGCGCUUCUGUUUUAUAUUAUAGGGAAACAUUUACUACUUCCCGUGAACUAUUUUUCCGGGACGGUUAUACUUCUUGGAUUGGCCUUGUACGUGUUCCCAGCGGCUACAAAACAAAGUAAGUACUGUUUGUCCUCUUGAAGGCAUACAUUUCAAGUAAAACCUUAAUAUAGCACCCCAAAAAAUUCCAAUUCUCUUUUAAUCACCAAGAUAAAUCUUACCCAAAACUACUAAAUCGCAUUACAAAUAAAUGACAAA